GGAUUAAAGGUGUAAAAUGAAUCGGGGUCUGAUUUAUCUAGGUUUUCAUUGCUUUAAGCUUUAGGAGAUAGUAAGAUUAUAUUAUUAUCUGGAGAAUGUGAUUCGUUUUCAAGACACCAUAUAAGCCUUCGCCUCCCAAACACAACCCGGUGCUGGCAGCCGUGAGCCCAUGACGAGUGCAGCAGCAGCAGCAGCAGAGAUGGCAGCCCUCCGAGCAGCAUCCAACAGGGCUUCUCGCCUCGCCCAUGCCCUCAGUGGGCGUCUGCAUCAGCAACAGGCGGGACUUGCUACUUCUUUAGUCAUGGCUGCUCAGGAGGGCGUUCGCAAGGAGUAUGACACCUUUGGGGAGUUGGAGGUGCCUAACAGCAAGUACUAUGGUGCCCAAACUGUCCGCUCUGUAAUGAACUUCCCCAUUGGAGGAGAAAAUGAACGCAUGCCGUUACCUGUGAUCAAGGCUUUUGGUGUCCUGAAGAAAGCAGCAGCACAAGUUAACAAGGAGUUUGGCCUUGAUCCUAAGGUUUCUGAUGCCAUCUCUAAAGCAGCAGAUGAAGUUAUCAGUGGCAAGCUGUAUGAUGAGCACUUCCCUUUGGUCAUCUGGCAGACGGGUUCAGGCACACAGUCCAACAUGAACACCAAUGAGGUCAUUGCCAACCGUGCCAUAGAAAUGAUGGGAGGUCAGCUUGGCUCCAAGACACCCGUUCACCCCAAUGACCAUGUUAACAAGAGCCAGAGCUCCAAUGACACCUACCCGACAGCCAUGCACAUUGCCACGGCCGUAGAGAUCCAUAACACCCUUCUGCCUGGGCUGACAGCUCUUCAUAAGGCUCUGGAUGACAAAGCCAAGGAGUUUGCAGAUAUUGUCAAGAUUGGGCGAACCCACACUCAGGAUGCCACUCCCCUCACUUUAGGCCAAGAGUUUGGAGGGUAUGCCCAGCAGAUUGAGUUUGGCAUUGAGCGGGUGAAGGCCUGUCUGCCCCGUCUGUAUAUGCUUGCUGCAGGUGGCACAGCUGUGGGCACUGGACUUAACACCAGAAUUGGGUUUGCUGAGAAAGUGGCUGCCAAGGUAUCAGAGCUGACUGGACUGCCAUUUAUCACUGCACCCAACAAGUUUGAGGCACUGGCAUCCCAUGACGCCAUGGUUGAGGUGUCUGGAGCCCUCAAUGUACUUGCUUGCUCCAUCAUGAAGAUCGCCAACGAUGUCAGGUUUCUGGCCUCAGGUCCCCGCUGUGGCCUUGGAGAACUCUCGCUGCCAGAGAAUGAGCCGGGCUCCUCCAUCAUGCCAGGGAAGGUGAAUCCCACACAGUGUGAGGCCAUCACCAUGGUUGCUGCUCAGGUGAUGGGGAACCACGUGGCUGUCACAGUGGGUGGCUCCAAUGGUCACUUUGAACUGAAUGUCUUCAAACCAAUGAUGGUGGCCAAUGUGCUGAGGUCCAUCCGACUUUUAGGAGACAGUUGCCACGCCUUUGUGAACAACUGUGUCACUGGCAUUGAGGCCAACAGGGAACGGAUUGACAAACUUCUCCAUGAAAGCCUGAUGCUUGUCACAGCCCUCAACCCCCACAUUGGAUAUGACAAGGCUGCCAAAAUUGCUAAGACUGCCCACAAGGAAGGCUCCACCCUGAAAGGAGCUGCCCUCAAGCUGGGCUACCUGACAGAAGAACAGUUUAAUCAGUGGGUGCGACCAGAGGAUAUGCUGGGACCCAAGUAAAUACCCUGCUGAAAACUCAUCACUUCCAUCAACAUCACUUUCUAACCUUCUCAGAGACUGGACCAGCAUGAACAUAGGAACACAAGAAAAUAAGAAAAACUACAAAAAGCUGUCAGGCCUCCACUUGGCAGUCCCUGCAUGAAACAUACCUUCAUAUUUCCACCCAUCUGCUCAGAAUGUCAAGGCUUAGCAGAUACAAGUCAUGACUCAAGUGCUGCAGAAUGUUAUGGCAACACCAGGACAUUCAUCUUGCUGGUAUAUUUUAAGAGCACAAACAAGAAUGUGACUGAAAUGUAUAAUUUUGUAACCAUGUAAUUUUUGAGGUUUGUAAAUAAGACUAAAGAAUAAAGAUUUCCUAUGGA